ACAAUACAACGACAAUACAACAACAAUACAACGACAAUACAACAACAAUACAACGACAAUACAACCCCAAUACAACGACAAUACAAUGACAAUACAACGACAAUACAACGACAAUACAACGACAAUACAACGACAAUACAACGACAAUACAACGACAAUACAACGAGAAUACAACAACAAUACAACGACAAUACAACGACAAUACAACGACAACGACAACGACAACGACAAUACAACGACAAUGCAACGACAAUACAACGACAAUACAACGACAAUACAACGAAAAUACAACGACAAUACAACGACAAUACAACGACAAUACUACGACAACGACAACGACAACGACAACGACAAUACAACGACAAUACAACGACAAUAUAA